AACAAUGAAGGAUGCAGCAGAGUGUCGGUUUUUCUGAUAUUUCCGUUGAUUUGUUUUCCGACUCUUGAAUAGCGUAGCGUGCCGGUGCAGUUUCCAUAUUGGGCAAAAUGCAUUCUUCAAUCUUUGGGGCCACAGCCCGAUGCUCCGCUGGUCCGGCCUGAAGUUGUGAAGUUACGUGCGUGCGUUCUGCCCGCGUGUGUGUGUUUGUAUUUUGUUUUUCGUCAAUUAGAAGUAACGGUUGCACGGGAGAAACUGGAAAAUCAACGAAGCGCGCAAGCCACCAACCGCCCGCCGCCCGGCACCCACCCAACGCAGAGUGCACACACCGAGAUACAUUUGUAUCUUUAAUUUGUAAAUUUUCGGUUUUCUUCGUUUCGUUUGUGUUUGUUUCUGUUCGUUCCGUUUCGCUGUUUCGCCGUUGCUUUGCGCAACAAGUGUGUGUGCCUCGCCCCGCCUCCCAGCAAGAAGCGAGGGCAAGACGAAGAAUAAUGAUCAAUUUAAUUCAAUCAGCGAUCCCAUCAACCUGCAGCGAUCCCAUACAAUGCAAACCAAACAGAUCCAAUCCGAUGCGAUUCUCGUGUGUGGCAAAUGUAGGAGAAUCUAACGAAUAAGUGGCUGGACUCGAGUUGAGCAAACAGCAAACAGAAAACAGCAAACAGAAAAUACCAACAAUAUCAACGCGUUCGUUCCGUGAGCCGGUUUAGUCAUCCGCGAGUUCCGAGAAUCCCAUUGGCAGGGCAUGGUGGGGUACGAACUUGGCGAAAAACGUAACUUUUUGAGCAAUACUUACUCCCGUCCAGAACAGCUGUCGCUGAGCUUUGAGCGCUGCUUACCUGUCUGCCACUUACCCUGAAGCUCCGAGUAGCCAGGUGAUAAGAUAGCUCCCCUGCGCUCCGUUUAGCUAGUCGAGCGAAAUACCAACAGAACAAACGCGGCCAACAGCCAAGAAAAUCGCAAUCGUUUGCGUUGUGUUUAAAGUAAAACUCGCGGAAUUAUCUUAUCGGCUGACCAUUGAUUGGGCUUUGCCUUUUCCGCUCCAUUCCAUACCGCGUUCCGAGCGAAGUGAAGUGAGGUGAAGUCAUUUGCGCAGCCAUAUUAGACCCGCCUGAAGACUGUGGAGUGGGUUGCUUGACAAGGCCUUUAGUCAGCGCCAGUCUACAUACAAUAUCUAUAUCCCAUAUCUACGGGAAUAUCUAAUGCCAGUGCCAGUGCAAAGUGCUGCAAGGAGAAGCAACAGAAGCAGCCGACCAACAGAGAGAAAAACCAUUCCCAGUGCCAGUGCUAGUGCCAGUUGCUCUGCAAUCUUUGUCUAAAUUUAGACAAAGCCAGAGCCAACCUAACCAAACGAAAGCAAACCAAUCCAAACUGAAGUGAACUGAACUGAACAAGGCCUUCUGGCCAUAUACGAUUGUAAAUCAAGUAUUUGGCCCCCUGAAGGAGGAGCAGAGCUGCACCGAAGAAAGCCAGACCAGACCAGACCAGACCAGAACAGACCAUGGACAUAGAAUCGGAUUCAGACACCUCUGAGAGAUGGGAGGACUUUUUUGGUAGCACCACAGAGCUGGCACCUUCGCUGCUGGGCAUCUACGACACAUUGACGAACAGCCUGGCCGCCAGCGCGGGCGUGGCAGCUCCCACUGCGACACACGAGACGAAGAGCCAGGUCCAGCCUCAAGCCAAAACCAAGACCAACAGCAGCAGUGGAGAGUCAACGCCCAAGAGGAGCAACAGCAGCAGCAGCAACAGCAGCUCCACAUCGAGCAGAUCCUCGAGCGAUGAUCAAUCUGCCAGCUACUCGCUAACUGCCUCCAGCUCUCAGCUUGCAGCCAGCGUACGUGCUCCGCCAGUGGUGGUUGCUGGGCUGCGGGACGAGCCGGAUGGGGCACAGCUGAGCCGCCUGGUGGUGCAUCGGCGACAGGAGCUGGGCAGCAGCAACAGCAGCCUCGCCUCGAGCGGCAGCCGACGAGGCAACAAUAUUCGCAUCCUCUCCGCCAACGUGCAUCGCAUCAUCACGCACUCGGACGCCGAGCCAGUGGAUGCCAUUGACAUUGAGGCACUGCAGCAGCAGCAGCAGCAGUCACAACCUUCCCCGCAGCUAUCCCAAAGGAGUCCCACGCAAGGGCGCUACGUCAAGACAAACACCAACAGUGGAGGAGGAGGAGGAGGAGGGCAUCCUCCUGUUGCAACGUCCACGCCCAAGCUGAAACUCUCCCACAUCCCCCUGUCCAAGAUCACGGGCAAGCUGUCCACGCAGGGCGGACACGAACUGGUGGCCACCUUCGACGCCAGCAACGAGUACGUCAACUCCCUGACCUUUGCCGCCGCCGAGAAGGCGCGAAAGCCGCAGCCAGCGACACCCUCGGACGACGACAGGACACCCACGAACAAGAGCGUGCCCGGCACCCCGUUCCACUUUGAUGGUAACCCCUUUUCCCCCCGAAAACUGACGCUGCCCCGCUACGAGUCCCAGCAGAGCAUCAAGCUGAUCGAGAUGGAGCAGCUGGCGGCCACCAGUGCCCAGCUGCAGCACGCCCAGCCAGCCACCCCAGACAGCCCCUCCUCAAAGCCCGCCACACCCGCCGACCCCGCCACCCCCGCCGCCGUGGUGCGGCCCAAGGAGUUUGUGUGCAGCGAACCCCUCAGCCCCGUGGUGGAGACCAUCAACUUUGACCUGCUGGCCCAGCACAUCGAGCGGCUCACCCUGGGCGAUCUGGGGGCCAACGAGGGUCCCAAGGCGGAGCUCAUCGAGGCCAUAAACAAGCCGCUGAUCGGCAAGCCGCUGGUGCGCAGCUCCUCGGCCGCCUGUGCCUCAACCAUCAGCAGCUCCCCGCUGCUGACCUAUGCCCGCACCAAGAGCCUCAGUGCCAAGGCCUCGACACUGGGCGCUGGAGUGCCGCUGAAGCUGCCCACAGCCGAGCAGCUGGCGGAGCUGGAGGAGGCCAAUAAGCUGUCGGCGGAGAGUUUGGAUCGUCUGACCGACAUCAAGCCAAAGUUUGCCGCACGCCUCAGCGAACUGGCACGCCUCAACAAUCGUCCGCUGUCUUCCUCCUCUAUCUGCUCCACAUCGUCCAGCUCGAGUUCGGGCUCAGAUCAGCUGCUGCACGGGAAGCACACGGCCACCUCGUAUCUGGCCAGUGUGGAGAGUCUGGCGGAGAGCGAGAACGAGCUGGGGGAUCCACACCAUCAUCAUCAUCCGCAUCACACGGUGACAAUGAGUGUCCUGGAGCGUGCGAGUCUCGAGAUCAUUGACUCGGAGCGCAGCUUUGUCGAGGAUCUGGGUCAGGUCAUCAAGGGCUACCUGCUGGACUGGAAGGAGCGUGCGUGUCUGCGUAUCAACGAAUUGCAAAUACUCUUUGCCAACAUUGAAGAGAUUUACGAAUUCAACUCGCAGCUGCUGCAGCGUCUAAUCAACUCGGGCAUGGAGCCGGGCAGAAUCGCCAGAUGCUUCAUAGAUCUGCGCGAUGGCUUUGAUGUGUACACAACUUAUUGCACCAGCUACCCGGAAGCCAUCUCGCUGCUGACCAAACUGCUGCAGGCGACGCACACCAACUCCCUGCUGGCCUCCACGCAGAAGAUGUUGCAGCAUCGCCUGCCCCUGGGCUCCUAUCUGCUGAAGCCGGUUCAGCGCAUCUUGAAGUACCAUCUGCUGCUCGACAGCCUGCGCAAACACUGCGAUGUCAAGGAGGUGGCCGAGGCCUAUGCGAUUAUGCGCCAGGUGGCGCACAACAUUGACCAAGUGAAGCGCAAGCAGGAGCAGCAGAGCCGCGUCAAGGAGCUCUCUGGCAUACUGGAUGGCUGGCUCGGACCGGAGCUAACCGUUUUGGGUGAACUGCGCCAGGAGGGCCUCCUAAUGGAGCAGCACAACAAGCCGCGUCUGGUGCUGCUCUUUGCCACCAUGCUGAUCAUCACCAAGCAGAAGGAGGACGGACGCUUGCAGUUCAAGACCUACAUACACCAAAAUAAUCUGAUGCUGAGCGAACACUUGCCUGGGGAGCCGACCAGCUUCUAUGUCAUACCCUUCGAUGAGCCGCGCCAUCAAAUCAAGCUGACGGCCAGGAAUCGUGACCAGAAGCGUGUGUGGACGCAGCACAUUAAAGGCGUCAUGCUGGAGAAGCUAGACAUACCCAUGCGAGCCAAGGAGCUUGUCUAUCAGCUGGGCAACGAGGAAGAUCGCACACCGGAUCGCAGCACCUGGAAGUGGAGCCUUCACUCCAGCAGCAACUCCACGCCCACGUACCUGGAGCGGCGCAAUGCCUGUCGUCGGAGCGAGAUUCGACAGCGCAACUCCAAGGGCAAGCGCAAGACGGUGAGCAACUCCACCUCCUUCGAUAGCUCCUUCAACGAGUCCCUGGAGCUGGACCAAAACCAGAACCAGAGCCAGGAGCAGGAAGCCGACAAGGCUGCGAAACCCACGAAGCCGCUGUCCCGCAACAACAGCCUGGAUGACACGGCCCUACAGAAGCUGGCAGCCGCCAUGCGGUAUCGCAAGCGAGAUGCCUCUGGAAAGGAUGCGACCAAAUCCCCUUCCAAGGAGGCGUGCAAGUGCAGUAGGCAGGAGGAUCAGCCGGUUCCGGCGGAUCAGUGUCUGUGCAUUCUGCGCGAUCAACGUAGUCGCAGUGCCAAGUCGCAGUCGCCAGUUUUUAGCUACAAGGCGCUCAAGGAGCGCAGCAAGUCCGUGCCACGCAUCGGUGGCUUCAGCCUGGACGAGGAGGCAGAGCAGGACCGGGAUCGGGAGCGGGAGCGGGAGCAGGAGCAGGACGAUGACAGCGCCGCCUCUUUGCGGGGCAGCAAGCCCGAUCUGAGCGAGCGCAAGGCCAAGGCCAAGGGCUUCUUCGAGGUGAAGCAAUACAACCACAAGACCAUGCCAAAGCGGAUUGCGACGCUGAAGAAGCAGCGCACCAGCAGCAAGAGCUGCUCCAAGUUCUACAUGGAUCUCAGCGAGUUCGACAGCAGCAGCUCCACCAUCCUGAAGAUAACCGAGUCCACGGAGGAGCUGCGCCACGAGCAGGACAUUGAACUAGCCAAGGAGGCGGAGACGCUGAACGAGCCCACGUCCGAUGUGGUGGGUGUGGACCACGAACAGGAUCAGUAUUACGGCAACCAGGAGCUGCUGUCGGCGGCGGAGAAGUCCAAGCGUGAUGCCCAGAUUGUGCUCGAUCUGCUCAAGAACACAAAGGAGUUCGAGCGCAUCUACAACAAGCAGCAGAAGCGGCGCGAGAGUCCCGUCAGCCCCGUCAGUCCAUUGUCGCCCAGUCUGGAUCUCAAUCGAGUGCCAGCCCUGCCGCCACGCCCGCCGUCUCGCUCGCCGCCGCCCUUGGAUUUGGAGGAGCAAGCCAAGCGACAGGUGGAGCGACUGGCCGAGCACGAGGAGCCCAUCUACGAGACUCUGCUGCGCAAUGUCCAUGUCCCGUACAAGUUCUCCCCCGUCCUAGGACGCGCCAAGUCCUCCCAGAUGCUGAUGAAGCGAAGCAAGACCACAACGGGGGCACCGCGUCCAGAGUCGGACUACGUGACUCUGGUCUACUCACCGGAGGGAGUGCUUCAGAGGGUGGGCGAGGAGGCAGUGCAGCGGGACAGCUGCAGCUCGGAUGCCACCUGUUCCAGUUCCUCCUCCGGCUCUACCCUGAAGCGUGACAGCCAGACGACGGUGAUCAACCUUUGCCUAGAGGAUCAGACGACCGCCCUAUACGCCCGCCCCAUACCAAAGAACCUGAUGAAGCGCCUGCUGAGCGGCGCCAACGGUGGAGAUGGCCACGAGAACGUGUCCCACUCGGAGAGCUCACUGCUGCCGCGUGCCCUCAAGUCCAUCGAUAACCUGACUCUGGCCUUUGGCCGCACCAACCGGCCCCCGGAGCGACGUGUCUCCGAUGUGAGCGAGAUGUGCCGCCAGAGCGUGCUGCAUCGGCAGGGCAGCGAGGCAUUGGGCGAGCGAAUGGCCCACGUCGACUACGCGGAUCCCAAAAUGCUGUUCAGCCUGAUGGCCAUGGUCAGCUCGGAGCGGGACUCGGUCUUCUCGCUGACCUCCUCCUCCAGCGACAGCAUGUGCGAGCAGCAGCGCAAGCGCUCCGCGGCGGAUCCGCGGCCCACCAACUUCGAGUACGAGCGACAGGUGGAGGACAGUCUGGAGAACGACUUCCGCGACUCGGCCAUCUACAGCGACGACAAUGAGAAGCGCAGCGGCGACUACGACGUCAGGCGACCCAGCAGUCCACCACCGCCGCCGCCACUUGGGCCACGCCCCUCCCCACCGCCGAAACCCUCCAAGGAGGCCGUGCAAGGGCUGCUGGCCCACCAGCAUCAGCUCAAAAGAGGAAUUGUCGUCUGUCAGUCGGCAUCGCGCAGCUGGGUCCUUCAGCAGAUUGAGAACUUCAACAAGUAGAAGGGGACAGGACACCAACCACACACCCAUUGCCAUAACACACACACACACACACACACACAAUUAAAUUCCUUUGUAAUAUGUAACUGUACAUAGUCCUAAGUGUUUGUUUGAUACACGCUAAUCCUAGAGAUAGUUUUACCUUUAGUCGACUGUUUUAUACACAUAUAUUUGUACCCUACGUAGAUUCUAGCAGAGUCAUUUAAUUAAAAUUUGUAAUCACAUGAAUUUUUACUCUCAA